UUGUUUCUUCACAUAUCUAUUUUAUUCUCUAUUUUUCUUUUACAUUAUCCACUUUUGUCUUUCUUAUUUUCUUUCAUUGCGUUCUCGUUGUUUGCUUUUUCGCCCUUGUUAUUUUCUUCUGCUCUUUUCCUUUUCUUCAUCCCUUUCCUCGUUCUUUCUUUCUUUCUUUCUUUCUUUCUUUCUUUCUUUCUUUCUUUCUUUCUUUCUCCCCUCACUAUGUUAUUUUCUUCCGAUUAUAUUUUUAAUCCUCUGUCUUUUUGUUUUAUCCAUUUCUUUCCUUUACAUUUUCCGUUUCUUUCUUUCGGUCGGACGUUCUGCUUUUUUAUCUUUCUUUUUUCUUUAAUUCAUUCUUUCUUUCUUUCUUCAAUUGUUUUUUUUAAUUUAUAUAUCAUUUUUCCUUUACUGUUUUCUUUUUUCUUUUGGCCUCGGUUGGUUUUCUUCUUUAUUUAUGUUUUUUUUUUUCUUCGGUUCCUUUUCGCCUUUCUCAAUUUCUAUCUAUCUAUCUAUCUAUCUAUCUAUCUAUCUAUAUUUAUGCUCGCAUUUAUUUGUUUUCUUUCUCUUCCUUUUCGUCUUUUACAAUUUCUUUCGUUCGUUCUCUCUUUAUGCUCGCAUUUAUUUAUGUUUUUUUCGGAACGUUUUCUUUCUUCAAAAUUUCUUUCUUUCUUUCGUUCUUUCUUUCUUUCUUUCUUUCUUUCUGUCUGCUCGCAUUUAUUUAUGUUUUCCUUCUGUUCUCUUUCAUCUUCCUCAAUUUUCUUUCUUUUUUCUGUCUGCUCGCAUUUAUUUGUUUUCUGUCUGCUCCUUUUCGUCUUUCUUUCUUUAUAUUCACAUUUAUUUAUUUUCUUUCUGUUCCUUUUCAACUUCUUUCUUUCCUUUUUUCUUUCUUUCUUUCUUUCUUUCUUUCUGCUCGCAUUUAUUUUUGUUUUCCUUUCAUCUACAAUUUUCUUUCUUUCUUUUUUCUUUAUAUUCACAUUUAUUUGUUUUCUUUCUCUUCCUUAUAAUCUUUCUUUCUUUCUUUCUUAUUUCUCAUCUUUCUUUCUUUUUGUUUUCACUGAUAAAUAUUCUUUUUUUUUCUUUUCGUGUCUCUUCAUUCGUUCAUUCUUUCUUUCUUUAUUUCUUUUUACCUUUCUUUUCGUCUUCACUCGUGAAAAUUUUUUCUUUAUUUAUUUAUUUAUGCAUUUAUUUAUUUUUCUUUCUCUUUCCUUUCAUUCCUUUUUGUUUUCACCAGAUAAAGAAAAAAAAGGAAAGAAAGCAAGAAAACGAAAGAAAGGGGUGGAUGGAUUGUUUCGCAUCUUUCUUUCUUUUUCUUUCUUUCUUUGUUUGUUUCUUUUUUUUCCCAUUGCUAUUCUUUUUGUUAUUCCUUCUUUCUUUCUUUUCGUUUUCACUCGUAAUAAUUUUCUCUUUGCUUCUCUUCUUGCUUUUUUCUUUCUUUCUUACUUUUCGUUUACAAUGGUAAUCUUUAUUUUUUUUCCCCAUUGUCUGCUUUCUUUCUUUCUUUCUUUCUUUCUUUCUUUCUUUCUUCUCCCCAUCUAUUUAAAUUAUUCUUUAUUUUUCUUCCUUGAAAUCCCUCACCACAUUUCAAUUUUUCUUUCAUUUACAGUCAGUGCUACUUUCUGUCUUUACAGCUUUAUCGUUCUUGCAUUCACAGGAACAGAUUGCUCUUAUGAGCUCACCCCCCCUCUCUCUCUCUCUCUCUCUCUCUCUCUCUCUGCAUAUGCAUGA